AAAUCAUAAUAACAGUACAAUGUGUCUGCUGAGUCCCAGUUAGGCCGACAGUUUAUUCACCUGCUAGCCGCUGACAAGCCCAGCAAUUAAAUCCAUUCCGUGGGCGUGCUAAGUUCUUUAGAACCGGCAGCAUGCAACUCGCAUUGAAGGUGGAAAAGCCCGAAACCAUUACGAAUGUCUCGGUCGAGGAGAAGGCGACGGAGGAGAACCAGUUGGACGCGAUCAUCGUUGAGAUCGGCCAGUUCGGUCGCUUCCAGAUCACAAAUUACCUGUUGCUCUGCCUGCCCAUCAUCUGCAGGGCCUUCUACUCCAUUUCCUAUGUCUUCACCGCCGGGGAAGUGUCCUACAGAUGCAACAUCACCCAGUGCGACGGCCUGGACACCGGGUACGAUGAACCCUUCCUCAACUUCACCACUCCGCUGCGCCACGGGGCUUGGGAUCAGUGCGAGCACUUUGCCGUGAUAUCGGAUCUGGAGGGAACCACUCCGUGUAAUGCCAGCAGUUUCAAUGUAUCCCAUCAGGUCCCCUGCGAUGCGGGCUUCAAGAUGUUAGGGGACGAACAAACUAUUGCCAGUGAGUUCGGCAUCUUCUGCGCUGACCAAUGGAAGCUUUCGAUGGUGGGCACAGUCAACAAUAUUGGACAGUUUGUCGGUAUGCCUCUGGGCGGUUAUAUGGCCGAUCGAUAUGGUCGGAAGUUCAUGCUGGUCGUCUCAGGAGCGCUUAGCGCCUUCGCAGGACUGGCUCGCUCGAACGCGCCGGAGUACUACAGCUUUCUAAGUCUCGAGUUCGUUGACAUGGUAGUCGGCAGCACCUUGUACCAGACCGCAUUCCUGAUGGCCGUCGAGCUGGUGGGACCUAAGCAUCGUGUGGUGGCCGCCACCGGGAUCAGUCUGACCUUCGGUCUAGCGGAUGCCCUGUUGGGCUACCUGGCCAACUAUCUGCGCAACUGGCGCUUCCUGCUGCGCGCGCUCUACGUGCCGGCGCUCCUGCACCUGACUUUCAUCUGCCUGCUGCCGGAGAGCGUGCGCUGGCUGCUGAGCCAGGAGAAGGAGCUGGACGCCAAGGCCGCACUGCGGAGGGCGGCUCGGGUGAACCGGCGGGCCCUUGACGAGGAGAAGCUCAACGCGCUGGUGCGCUCUAACCGCCGUCUGGUGGCCCAGUCCUCCGCCAGCAGGGGUCACUACAGCGUCCGCCAGAUCUACCAGGCCUUGGGUGGUCGCACCGCCCUGUGCUGCUUCGUGUGGCUCACCAACUCCCUCAUCGACUUGGGCCUCAGCCUGAACUCCACUCAUCUGAGAGGCAACAAGUUCGAUAACUUCAGCAUGACGGGGUUAAUGCAGCUGCCGGGAAUCCUGAUGGCCACCACACUCAUGAACUGGGUGGGACGGCGCUGGGCACUCAGCUCCUUCCAAUUCUCCUGUGUCACUAUCCUUCUUGCAGUGGCCGCCACGGAUGAAGAUUACCCCUUGACCUCUUCGAUACUUUUUUUCUUGGCAAAAUUGACGUCCUCGGCCAGCAUCAUGAUCCUGUACUUUUUCACCUCCGAGAUGUUUCCGACGAGCUGCAGGAACAGCGUGCUCUCCUUAUGCACCAGUAUAAGUUUCUUAGGCGCCAUGCUGGCCCCCCAAACAAUUUUGUUGAUCGAUUACUUCGAAUACGCUCCCCACUUGCUGUUUGCAACAUUGGGAUUUACCUGUUCGGGGCUUUCCUUGCUUUUCCCGGAGACAAACAACAAGGUGCUGCCCACAACUCUGGCUGAGGCGCGUGCACUGGGAAAAUGCAUUCCAAAGGAAAAAGAUUCGAAAAGUUCUGUCUAAUCGUAAUUUAGGCAUUGUUGUGUGGUAAACAUGCAAGUUAGGGGUAAGCAAUAAACCAAUUCAAUUUCUAAGUAUUGAAGGAGCCAGUAAAAACUAAACGGUAAGGUCAGUCGGCUUGAAAUGUUAGUUUUGAUUUUUUGUACGUUCUUUAUAUAAAUUAUAUUUUUUUUUUCUAUCUUUGAAAUGAAUUGCUUAAUGUCGGACAAAAUGCAUGAAUGCCUAACAACAUCGAACUAUAAUGUUUUUUCUCUUAUUUUCAAUUAUUUCAUAAAUUAUAGUGUAUGGUAGUAGUCAGUCAUUCCAAAAAUCAUUAUUGUAUGAUAAAAAAUAAUGAUGUUAAUUUUUGAACCAUUAAUUUUAUAUAUGUAAAUCUUUUAAUCAUUCCUAUGGCAGCUAGAUUCAAUCGCCGUUAUAAAACACGAUAUUCCCAAAAACCCUGUUUGUUCGAUAUAAUACAUAUCAUUUCCGUAUGAUACUUUUGUCCCGUUUUUUUUGUAUUCGUACGCAAUGUUAAUCCAAGUGUCCUUUGAACUAAGCUUUAGAACCCUUAAGGUAUUCAUACUCUAUUUAAACAUCAGUUUUAUUGUAUCUAUAUUCACCCACACCGCAUGGCACACUCUCUUACAAAAAAAAACAAGAUCAAGUGAUAUUUUUGAUUCUUGCAUUGAAUCUGAACAAUAAAACAUAAUUGCAAUACAA